UGCCAGCUGUCAAAGAGGCAUCCCGGGCUCCGGGAGAGGGAGCAGCCCUAUGUGUCCCUAAGCUGAGAGAACCCCCUGACUCCGCUCGCCAUGAAUACCGAGGAGCAGUAUUACGCCUCGGCGCAGCUCUACAAGGAGUCGUGCGCGUUUCAAAGAGCUCAGGCGCAGGACUACAACCCCAGCCCCCCCGCCUGCCUGUACAUGGGCAGGCAGCAACAGACUCCUUAUUCCAGCGCCUUAGGGGCUCUCGAACAAGGCAGCCCGCCAGACAUUUCACCUUACGAGGUGCCCCCCAUCACUGAGGAUGCCGGGGUCUCCCACCUUCAUCACCAUCACCACCACGCUCAUCUUCCUCCUCCCCACCAGGACGCGUUGCCUUUCUCAGACGGGGCGGACACGGGAGCUGUAGAGGAGCCCCGAGUGCAGGUGCCUUUCGCCUGGAUGAAGUCCACCAAAUCUCACGCCUGGAAGGGACAGUGGACCGGGGGGUCCUGUGUAGUUGAACCAGAGGAGAACAAGCGGACGAGGACGGCGUACACGCGGGCACAGCUGCUGGAGCUGGAGAAGGAGUUUCUCUUCAACAAGUAUAUCUCCAGGCCGCGGCGGGUGGAGCUGGCUGUCAUGUUGAACUUGACCGAAAGGCACAUCAAGAUCUGGUUCCAGAACAGGCGGAUGAAGUGGAAGAAGGAAGAGGACAAAAAGCGCGGGGCGGGCAACAGCAAUGACCCCGAGCAAGACUGCGUGGUGACCUCCGGAGAGCUCCAGAACAAGGAGGAUCUCCAGCCGUGCCCCGCCGGGAACCUGACCUCGGAGGCCUCCAGGGACCUUCUCGCCCCCAGCCUAGCACCCAGAAGACAGCAGGACUCUCGAUGAGGCGCGGGGAGCCCCACGCCCCGAGACGAGGAAAAGGAUGGAAUCGGGGAAAGAGGCGAGAGGCUGGCACAGGCUUCCCACCGCCCUGCUGUGCCGUGCCGUGCCGUGCCGACGCUCUCCUGCCUUCCCCCGGGGAAUCUCUGCCUCCACUCCGACGCUCGCGUCCUCCGAAAACUAAAUGUUCAGCUGUAACAAAGAGAGGCUCACUGUGGGCCGCAGGGCCGGAGUAGGCCUCAGGGAGCCGCCGAGACGGCGGCGAGCUGUGCCCCGCUCCCCCGAGCAACCCGCACCACAAUGAGCCCUACGGGGCAGCUUCCCCUGGGGAAGGCGGGUUUCGGGUGGCCACCGACUGUGUGUGCAACCCUGGGUGCACGGAGUGGUCUGGGAAGCGGAGGAGAAACGAGAGCACGCCGCCUUACCUCGAACGGCUGCCCGGUCGGGGCGCGCGUCCCGCCGUGUCCGUCGGUUCACAAGCGCGGACGCGGAGCAGAGCAUCCCGGACCAUCCACGGGCUGGCACGCCGCCGUCCCCGUCCCUUCCAGUGGCACCAGGGCAUCGGCUCUACCGAGGACUCCUCGGGACUGUUACUUACUCCUUUGGAAACUGGAAUCUGGUUUCUUUCGUUC